AUGUACCAGCUCAUCUCGCAAACGAACGGGUCCAGCUCAACUAAAUAUGUUGAGCUUGAGAACAAAGGCCAUUGGUUUGAGGGGGCACUCACCACACCACCUCUAUUGCAAUUCUACGAGAAGACCCUUAGACAAAGCUGCGUCCCUCCGAUACCUUUGCAUUUUACGAUGCUCAUACCCGAUCCAGCAGGCAUAGGAUCCAGAGCGGGGUUGAAAAUAGAUGCUCUCAAAACGCCCGAUCAGAUUGGAAAAAUGAUCGUGGAACGGAAUCCAGCCUUCUCCUCGUGGACGUUGACCACUCGUAACAUAAGCCAAUUCCAUCUGAUGGUUGGAAGUCCUCCACGACACAACGACUUCCGAUAUGGCCUUCAAUCAGGCCCUCUCAACUCCAUCCUUCGAUCCCCAGGUCAUUUCACAAUUCGGUCAGCUUCGCCGGGUUGUUCAGCUGUGUCGUUACAAGUCGCAAGAAAUCUCCAUCAAUACUUUGCGGCUGACGUCGAAUUUCUGUUAGAGGCAAACCGUCCGACGACUUCCAGUGGUAACCUCAUCCAAAUAGCGAUUGGGCAAGAUGACCUAGAAUCAGGCGAACAGGCCAACCCAGUUACCAUAGGAGACUCGUAUCUCAUUCUCAAGCGAGCGAAUGGUUGCGAGUCCACCAUUGCCCGUGAGUCAGGGAUUGGAGCUGUCUAUCUGCGCCCUGCCACGAACAAAAGGCUCGAGCUUGUGGUAUGGGGCUCAGAUGAAGCCGGUCUUCGACAAGCAGCUCGCCUUCUUCCGCUGCUUACAGGAGUCGGGCUGCCAGAAUUGAUCAUCGUUAGUAAGAGAUGUGCGUCGCAAGGUUCUGCUGGUGUUGUUGCAAUGGGUUCACUGACCAAAUCCUGGAGGCUUUCUGAAUCGUCCUAUGUCUCUUGA